AUGAAAGGGGUUACGAGAUUUUUUAGGAAGAAAUGGAAACUAGCUCCUCGAUUUAUUGGACCUUUUGAGAUCACAGAGAGGGUUAGGGAAGUGGCUUAUAGAUUGGCUUUACCACCCAAACUCUUCCAUGUAUCCAUGUUGAGUAGGUGCUUGAGGGAUGAAACCCAGGCUGUUGACUGCACAGAGGUUCAGUUGUGCUCUAAUACAACCUAUGUUGAGACGCCUGUUCGCAUUGUUGAUCGUAUGGUGAAACAGUUGAGGCGGGCAGAGAUAACUCUAGUGAAGGUGCAGUGGAAUCAUCAGGAUGAGAGAGAGGCUACUUGGAAGCUAUAG